AUGGAGAAGGAACUCAAACGUAGUGUUAAGUAUGCUGUCACAACUCUUGACAUAUGGCUCGACCUUCAAGAAAGAUUUGAAAGGGAGAAUGUUCCAAGAGCAUAUGAACUAAGAAGAACGAUCACAACCAUCAAACAAGACAACAUGACAAUUUCAUCGUAUUACAUGAAAUUAAGAGCCGUUUGGGAUGAUGUGCAGUCAAUUAAUCCCUUACCAUCAUGUACCUACCAAGGCUGUUCUUGCAAUAUCACAAAGGAGAUCUUGAAGGCACGAGAAAAGGAGCGUUUGUAUGACUUCUUGAUGGGCCUCAAUGAAGAAUACGCAUCCUUGAGAACUCAAAUCCUAAGUACCGAUUCAUUGCCCAUAUUAAACAGUGCAUAUCAUCUGCUUAAUCAAUAUGAGCAUCAAAGGAAGAUUGGUGGAUCUUAA